AUGAGCUGCCAGAUGAGAUACAAUGCUAAGGAACUGGCUUCACUUGCUAGAAGGCCAUCAUCUUGUUUUGACAAGGAAGGAAAUCUGAAGAUUUGCAGAGUAUUCGGGGAUGGUAAAUGUAUAGAGCCAAAGGAGAGAUGGUGCCGUCUGAAAGGAAAUCUGUUCUUUCUAAUGAAAAGUAAGACCAAGAGUUCUGAAGCCUUGGAGGUAAUCAUCCUGGAGCGGUGCUACAUUGUGCAGUUCAGGAAUAAAGCAGAUGUUUCAAUAGUUCUCAAGUUUCAGAGUGGAGAACCCGAUAUUUACCUUGAAGCUGCAUCAAGGGUUGAUUGUGAAUCUUGGGCUGUGGCACUUGGAGAGGCCAAUUCUGAAGGUCUGCGCAAUAAGAUCAAGCAGCUCCAGAGACUGAUCAUGGAAAUCAAGGAAGAGACAACAGCAGAUGAGGCACAGCAGUUUCUUCCCUCAGUACAGGCAGACCAUCUUGCAGAGCCUAAGCUUACAAGUCUUAAGAAGACUGCCAGAGAACCAAAGCUUGAAUUCAGUCUUGCAUGCAAAGAUCUAGUAGCUCCUACUCGUGAUCGGAAGCUGAACACAUUUGUGCAGAUCACAGUGGUGCAUCCAGGGGAACAGACGUCAGCUAGAUAUUCAAGCACAGAAAUUGUGGAGGGAACAAGAGACCCACUGUUUCUGACUGGUGUGACGUUCCCAGGGGAUUACCCUAUCUAUGAGGAGACGAAAAUAAAGUUAACAGUCUACGAUGUUAAGGAUAAAUCUCAAGACACGGUCCGCACCAGCCUCCUAGCAGAACACAAAGAACCAAGGACAGAUAUUGGGCGAAGUUUUCUGGGUUGUACAACCUUUAAAGUAGGCGAGCUGGUGAAAUCCAAGGAGCAACAGUUGAGUCUCAGCCUGAGAAGCUCUGAUGGUGGAAAGACAGUUGGCACUAUAGACGUCAGCCUUGUGAAGAUGGGGCAGACAGAGGAUGGGGAGUCAGAUCACAAUGCAGCAGAUGUGCAGGGACAAAAGUGUGCCUUGGUUUAUGAGUGUACAUCUCCUGAAAGCAACAGUAGUAAAGACAAUUUACCUUUAUUAAAUGCAGUAUUAAAAAACCCGAUCUGUAAGUUGUAUAGAUUCCCCUCUUCUGACAACAAAUGGAUGUGUGUUCGAGAACAGAUGUCUGAGAGCACUCUUUCUUUUCAUAUUCCCAAGGAACUCAUCAACCUACACAUAAAGGAGGAUAUGAGAAGGAAUCAGGACCUUAAAGAACUUGGUGAACUUUCUCCACAUUGGGACAAUAUGCGUAAAACUGUUAUUACACACUGUGAUCAAAUGCUGACCCUCUAUCAAGACAUGCUUGCAGAACUAGAGAAGUACACAGGUUCUUCUUUCAAAUCAAGCUGUAGUAAAGGGGAAAAGACACUAGAAUUUGUUCCAGUCAAUCUACAUCUGCAGAGAAUGUAUGUGCACAGCCCUCGGUUGAAAGAUGUUCUGUAUGAUGUCAUUACUAUAGGAGCCCCUGCAGCACACUUUCAGGGAUUCAAAAAUGGUGGUCUUCAGAAACUAUUGAAUAAGUUUGAGUUAGAAAGGCGAAAUACUGGUUACCAAUGUAUUUACUAUUCACCGGAAAACACAGCCAAGGCAAAAGAAGUUCUCAGUAACAUCAAUCAUCUGCAGCCUCUCAUAUCAAGCCACACAGACCUGCUGCUUAAUUCUGCCAGGCAGCAUUUGCCAGACAGCUUGAAGAAUUCCUUAAAGACGCUUUCAGAAACGACAGAGUUAUUUGUGCAUGCAUUUAAGGAUCAGCUGAUCAGAAGUGCCCUUUUAGCUCUAUACAUGGCUCGCCCAGGUUGUGUCCUAAAAAACCCAACUGUGCCAAAGAUCAGUGUUGAAGACAGUGGUGAUCAGCCAAAACAGGAACAUCCACAUGAGAUUAAGAGACAGGAUUCUAUACCUCACCAUUCAGAAUAUGAUGAAGAAGAGUGGGACAGGGUAUGGACCAAUGUAGGAAAAAGUUUAAACUGCAUUAUUGCGAUGGUGGAUAGAUUGCUUGAAAAAGAAAAUAUCCCUAGUGUUUCUAAAGAAAAUGAAAGUGACCCUUUACCAGCAGAAUGUGUGGCAUCUCCUUUAAGUGGUGACUGGUAUGAACAGCUUUAUCCACUCACAGUUACACUGAAAGACUGCAUUGGAGAGGUGGUGACUAGGGCAAGGCAAUCAAUGUCUUUUGUUCUGCUUCAAGAACUUGCAUGUAGUUUGCCACAAUGUUUAAUGCUGACACUAAGAAGAGAUAUUGUCUUCAGUCAAGCACUUGCUGGACUGGUAUGUGGAUUUAUAAUCAAAUUGCACUCCAGUUUACACGAUCAAGGCUUCCUCCAGCAGCUUCAUACAGUAGGGUUAAUAGUUCAAUAUGAAGGACUUCUCAGUACAUACAGUGAGGAAAUUGGGAUGCUAGAAGACAUGGCUGUGGGAAUAUCAGAUUUACAAAAAGUCAUCUUUAAAAUAACUGAAGCCAAAUCAAAUGACCUUUUGCCUGUUGUAACUGGAAGGCGGGGUCAUUAUGUAAUAGAAAUCAAGCUUCCAGAAAAGAUGUUUGAACUGCUUCCACAAGAAAUUAAAGAAGGAAAACCACUCCGUGUAUACCCUGUCCUCUUCAAUGUUGGAAUCAAUGAACAGCAAACACUUGCAGAAAGGUUUGGAGAUACCUCUUUGCAAGAAAGUAUUAACCAAGAAAAUUUGGAGAUGCUAAAAGAAUAUUACAAGUUGUUCACAGAAAAAAUGCCUCCUGAUUGCCUACCACAUUUUCAAGAACAGAAUGACUUAAAAGGAUUACUAGAAAAUCUGCAUCAAAAUAUUCAGGCUAAAAAAAGAAAGAAUGUAGAAAUCAUGUGGCUGGCUGCAAUGAUUUGCCGCAAGCUCAAUGGAAUCCGGUUUACCUGUUGUAAAAGUGCCAAAGACAGGACAUCAAUGUCAGUGACACUGGAACAAUGUUCAAUUUUAAGAGAUGAACAUCAGUUGCACAAAGACUUUUUUAUUCGUGCACUGGACUGUAUGAGAAGAGAAGGAUGCCGCAUAGAGAAUGUACUGAAGAAUGUGAAAUGCAGAAAGUAUGCUUUCAACAUGAUACAGCUGAUGGCUUUCCCAAAGUACUACCGACCACCAGAGGGGACAUAUGGAAAAGCUGACACCUAAGCUUUUAGACAAAAAAAAAUGGAUCACACAGCCACGUUCAUUAGCUGACACAAAUUGCUUUGUCUUGUGUGUGCCUCAAAUUCAGAGUGAAAGAGGAAAACUACAUAGGGGCUAUUUUUUGCCAAAAUUGUACUGUCAUUGGGGGGGGGGGAGUGAUAAAGUAUGGUAGAUCGAGUGCUCUGAAAAUUAGCUGUUUGUUUACAGAAACACAGUUCUUCAUCAAAACUACACUGUGUGUCAUAAGCCAGUCACAAUUCAAAGUUCAGUCAUUAAUCAGAUUGAAGACCAAGUGCCGAGACAUGGGUGAAUCAGUAGAGGUCACUAUGAGCCUGGACGGAAGUCAUGCCUUGCUCAUCUCUGAGUCGAUUUAGGAUUGAUGGCAAAGCAAAGGUGCUGCUCCGCUGUGGUACAUAAGAGCAUUGAUACAUUUUGAAAGGAAUUUGAAUUUUGAUUACCUGCAAUAUACAUAUAUAUAUUUUUUAAAAUGGAUAUUACAUUCUGCUCUUCUGAAGAUCUCUGCAGUUUCAGCUGCAUAUGUUACUGUUAAAACAAAACAAUUUUUGCACACUUUACCUAAAGUUUGUUUGUUCAUGUAUGAGUACCAUAGGUCUAAUCCAGAGAGGCAUGAUUGGAGUUCUGCUCAGACAAUAGGGAUUUCUUGCCUCCUUCUAUCCACUGCAGCCCUUGAAAAGCCAUUCCUGAGUCUUGGAGGAUGCUUUGGAACAAUUGGGGAUGUGGUGCAGAGGUACACAGCUAGAGAGGAGUGCCUUCUGCUCAUUCAAAAAGGCCUUUGGACCACAGGCAGCGCUUACAGUUGCCUUUCAGGAUCCAGAGCUCAACCAGCCUCUCUCUAGUAUUAGAGAGACCAGUGGAGAUUCUUUUUAGUAUGACAGGAAUGCUUUUUUCAGUCUGGAAGGUAUCACAUGAAAUAUAAAGACAGGAGCUACUUUCCGGACAGAUGGAUAUGCAAGUCAAUGUAAACCUUGUCUGAAUAUCAGAUUGGGGGGGGGGGGAGAUUCACAG